CUAAAGCCCUGACAACUUAAGCCCAGGGCCUUGGCUCCAGGUCCCGCGCCCUCUCCCGCAGGAGCUCCGAGAUGCGUGGGUAUGGAUGAGUGUGACACAGAUAGAGCGUGCACACAGGUGUGGAUAGAUCUGAUCAAGGCAGAAUGUGCACGUGGGUAUGGGUGGAUGUGGGUGAAUGUGACAUAGGCUGAGUGUGCAAGUGGGUAUGGGUAGGCCUGGUUGUCAGAGGCUGUGCAAGGGUGUGAAUGGGUGUGUUGUAGACGGAGUGUGCACAUGGGUAUGGGUCCGUGUAACAUAGGCAGAAUGUGUGCGUGGAUAUGGAUAGGUGUGGUGAUGUCAGUGUGCAUGUGGGUACGGAUGUGUGUGAUGUAGGCAGAGUGUGCGCUGUGGGCAUGGGUAGGUGUUACAAAGCCUGAUUGGAAUCUCAGCCGGAGGGUUGCAGACCAGCACACCAGGCCUUGCCCUGUGGGAAGAGGAUAUGGAUAUUUAGAGGCGAUCAGAAAAGAGUGUCAGUGGUUUAGGAAGAAAGAUUAGUUUUUGUUGGCAAGAGUUAGCUUUUUAGAAAAGAAAUAGAGAUACUUUUGAGAGAUUAUAAAGUGACCAGUUUACUUACCAAGUAGGAAGAUAAGGUUAGUGCUUCUGGCAAGGGCUAUGAGAGGCCAAUGCCCUGCUGAAUGUGUGUGUGGGCUACGGGGGUGUCAGUCCCUGCUCAACCUUGCACUCCUUGGACUCCACAGGAAGGCAGGUCCAAUGUGGCCUGGUCUUUUGAUUUUUCAAGAGAAAACAGUAAUCUGGGGUGUAUCUGAAACCUUACUUUUAGGUAUUGGCAAAUAAUUAGUUAAAAUUUAAAAACUCUGUGGGCUAAUCCAGUGUUUGUUGGUGACCUUUGCAUAGAAAGGUGGAAAGACAAAGUGUACAAGAGCCAGUGUGCAAGGGUGUGAAUGGGUAUGGAGUUCUGUAAAUGCCUUGAGAAGUAAAAUGUGCUGAAGAUUGAAUGAGCGAGGUCAUUACUCUGACUCUUAAAAGGCUGCCCUUACUAAUUUGUGUGUGUGUGUGUGUGUGUGUGUGUGUGUGUGUGUGUGUGUGUGGUGUGUUUUGUUGGGGAUCAAACCCAGUGGCUUGCACAUCUUAUCUAAUAUUUUUUUAAAGAACAGGAGAUAUGGAGGUUUGUGUUACCUCUGAAGCCUUCUUUUUCUUGUCUGUCACAAUCUGGUGGAACUCAGAAAAAGAGACUGCUCUCCAAGGAGUGGGCUUACGUCUAUCUCUUUGUUCCUUUCAGAACCCUGCUGAAAUCAGCAGACCAGUCUGGGUACUUGCAAGAAGCUAGGGAGUCAGUGGGCAUUUGUCUUUCCUGUGGCUGACAGAUGGGCUUCCCAUGACCACAGCCUAUUUUAAGGACAAAUCAGAUUCUGAAAUAGGUGUGAUAUGAGGGAAAGGCUCACUCCUGUGAGGUAUUCCUCCUCCCUCCUCCCUCCCCUCUUUUCCUGCAAUUGCAGACAAAGGCAGCAUUGAGGUGGCAGAGGGAGUAGCAGGACAGGCUUCUCUCUUAAUCUGGUAAGCCUGAAGCUGCCAGGAAACUGAUUUUUAAUAUAGGCUCAGGAGAUGAGGUCACAAAACUUCCUUCCAAACAAGAGUCUGUUGAUGGUCUAACUCUUGAAAUUAUUCUUGCAAUAAAUUUAAAUCAGCCUUCCCUUGGAUUGGGGCAGCCUCAAAGCUACUGCUGCCUGUGGUGUGAAACUACUGAAACUCAGCUGCAGUGGGGCCCCUUCCUCUACCAGCUGUCUUAACACUAUGGCGCCUGCUGGCUGUCCCUUUCUGCAGAGUCCUAGGCUUGUACCUUGGUGCUGGCCUGGUGGAGGUUAGAAGUAGUAUUUGCAAAAUGAUGUCUCAUUAGCCCUGUGGGUUUUGACUUAGAGUCAUUCAGAGGAGGUCUAAAUUGAACCCACAAUUGAGUGAGUAUAAUAGGCUUGCUUCAUCUGCAAUUUCACUUUCUACAGUUCCAGUUGCCUUCAGUCAAAUAUUAAAUGAAAAAUUCCAGAAAUAAACAAUUCCAUGAACUUUAAAAAGUUCAUAAGUUUUUAAUCAUGUACCAUUCUGAGUAAUUUGAUAAAAUCUCUUUCCAUCUUGCCUGGGAUGUAAAUCAUCCCUGUGUCCAGCAUAUCCACACUGUAUAUGCUACCCACCCCGUUAAGCACUUAGUAGCUAUUGUAUCAUGGAACCACAGUGCUUGUAUUCAAGUAAUAUUUAUUUUCCUUAAUAAUGGUCCCAGAGCUCAAGAAUAGUGAUGCAAAGUAGGCAUCAGAGCAUAAAACAAAAAGGAUAGAUUAACUCCAGUUAGCAUAUAGGAUAAAUCAAACAGAAGUGUGGUGUAAGCCAUACUUUCAGGCAUCCACUGGGUGUGUUAGAAUGUAUCUCUCAUGGAUAAGGGCGAACUCAUAUAUAUAUAUAUAUACUGAUUUCUAUAUUUUUUAAACAUUUUCUUAUUGUAUAGAAACUGUUUUGAGAGAGUAGGUCCAUAAUUCUGCAGAAAACCUGUAUUAAGAGUGGUACCCAGGCACUGGUGUGGAUGGCAGCCUUGCAGACCAAGAAUGGCAGGGCCUAGAGGCCUCAGACUUUUGGGAAUGGAAGUUCCCCACAGUCUUCAGGGCGCUUUCCUGAGACCUGGGCUAUGCCUCCCUUUUCCCAGUAUAAUUGACAGAUAAAAACCUGGCUAUAAACCAGAGCUAAGCUAGAAGGUGAUUAGAUAUUUUACGGUAGGCUUUUUAGCCUUUUGAAAGGUUUUACCAUAAAAUUGAUUUCUUUGGUUAUCUUCAUAUGCAUCUGAAGUAAAACUCAUUUUGUUGAACUGCAUUGCUUUUUAGGACCUUGGCCACUGGGUAAGUUAGGUUAUGCCCUCCGUCUCCCAAUUUCUGUGAGGCUUCUGCCAUGUUUAGUUCCUUCCCUGUGAUAAUGUGGUUUUAUUAUUAUGGCAUUUAUGUGAGGACAAGUCCUGACCACUAGAAGAGCAGGAGGAGCUCUCUUAUAGGGAGCAGGAGGAGGGGACAUUCAUUUUGUAUGGAACACAGGGGCUGGGGCAGGGCCUGGAAGCCAGGAGGACACAGAGAAGCUAGAGCCGCAACAGGCAUGCAUGAGUUCUCCUCUGCAUCUCAGACCCCACAUGACACAUCUGGGGGACAACUUGUUGGCAACCUCUGAAUUCAAAGACUGAGUAACAUCCUGGGUUGUGCUCUCCCAGAGUCCUGUUGCCCCAAGUAAGGUCCAAAGUCCCCCUGUGCUUGUAUUUAACAAGAUCUUAAGUGCUCCCUGUGCACUUGUGGGAGAGUCAUCACCUAAAAUAUAUCAAAAGGAAAAAGAAGAAAAAUUUCCGGUGGCUAGAGCACAACAUACUUCUUGGCCCUCCAGGAAGGCAGAGAAGUUCUGAAAACCUGUCUUUGUAGUAAGAUGGUGGGUCCAUGGGUUCAUUCCAAGGGCUGAAAAUUCUCUUCCAGAAUCAAGAGGACAAUUUAUGGGAGACUUCUGGUUCUGGAUUAUCCCUGGGUCAGAAAGAGCUCACAGCCUCCCAGGAUGCCCAUCGUAGUGUCGGACAUCAUGAAGCUGCUGUGCUCCGUCUCCCAGGAAAGCAAGAUGAAGGCAGCUGUCAAGCACUCUGGGAGGGGUGCCCUGGUCACAGGGGCUGUGGCCUUCGUUGGUGGUUUGAUGGGUGGCCCACCAGGACUAGCUGUUGGGGGGGCUGUAGGAGGUCUAUUAGGUGCCUGGAUGACGAGUGGACAGCUUAAGCCAGUUCCACAGAUCUUAAUGGAGCUGCCUCCCGCUGAGCAGCAGAAGCUCUUUAAUGAAGCCACUGCCAUCAUCAGACACUUGGAUUGGACAGACGCUGUGCAGCUGACUACUCUGGUUAUGGGCAGUGAGGCCCUGAAGCAUCAGUUAAUGGCAAUGCUGGUGAACUAUAUCACUAAGGAACUGCAGGCUGAAAUUCAGUACGAUGACUAGGCUGAUCCUCUGAGAAGUGGGGGUUUCGCUUCAAUAAUUCUUUGAUUUUCCAAGGGUAACGGGGAGUUAGGGGGAAGCCCCAGUGAAUCCCCUUGAGAAAUCUGCACAUCGUCAGUGAAUUACCUUACACUGGAGUAGAAGGUCCUGCUGCAUGGCUACCACUGUACUGGUCAUGGCAAGCAGUUACUUAUGAAGAAGUCGUGUUUCUUGCUCGCUUGUGCGUGCUGAGGUACACUGGCAGCACUUCUUGACUGUGAAACUGGAGAGAGCAAAGGCUGAACAUUGCAGGCCUUGGCUUUUAUGAGUCUCGAAGAAAGUUAUCGUGUUCAGCUGAUUUGCUAAGUGUACUUCCUUCUCCUCAUCUUGUGAAGAUGGCUUCUCUUCCAGACACCUGUUGCAGGACUGGACCCCCCAGGAUCCAGGAUCUCACUCAGAGCCAGUCUAUGCCACAGUCAUGAGUGUGCCCCUCUCUGCCCAGUGAUUUCUCAGUGGCCUCACGGAGAAUGGUUAGCCUGUUGAGUGAAGCUGCAAAUACCAAGCAGGCUGGGCCCAUCUCCCACUAGCUGCCCACCUUGUUCUCCUCUUCCUAGGACCUUGUUUCUCCACAUGAAAACUCAUGGUAGUUCUUGAGUCAGACAUUUUAAAUGAAAUAUUUUCAGUACAAAGUAUUGCUCUUACAUAGGGGAAUCCUAACCCAUCUGUAAGAAAAGUUCCCACCCUAAAGAUCCCCCUAAUAUCAUAUUUACUUUGCCUUCUGGAAUUCUUGACAAAUUACAAUAAAUUUUUUUUUUCUGAAAAGUCAUUUUCCUUUGUAUUUUGAUGCUUUACAGCAUCACUAGCAUUUCAAAGGUUACACAUGGAACAGAAGUGAAGGUUUCAGAUUUGCAGCUUUGAGGAAUGAAAGAAAGCUCCCCCAGUUUCGAUGCCUGAGGCAGGCCUUCCCCGGCCAGCUUUGGCCCAGCAUGUGCUGCCAGUGUACAUGCACCAUCCCCAGCCUCCUCUGGCAACUCCAGAAUGUACCUCUGUGCCCAGGCCAUGGGGUAGGGCAGGGAUGGCAUCAGGGCUCUCUCCAUGCGCUGCAGCACAAGCUCUCUGGGAUGCAGAGGAAGGCACUUCUGCUGAGGGCAAGCUUAGAGGAGAGCUUGGUGUCCCAGCACCUUCGUGUGUAUAAAGAAAACUUCAGGGUGAAUGAUAACCCAGGGUGAUUAAGGAAGGACGGAGCCUUUAUCUCAGAGAAAUUGCUCUUUGGCUGGCCCAGCACAAACCAAGCAUCUAGGCACAGGACAUACUCCUGGAGCUAAUAAAGUCACUUUGAUCCUUUGUAUCCGGCUUGAGUGGAGUUGAAAAGGGAACAGGCUUGGAGUUAGUUUUUUGUCUGUAAAAACUCAGUGUGGCCCUUCUCGUUGACCUAACCAUUUCUCUCCUCCUGACAAAUAAGUCCCUCAUAUGGUCCCUUGGACUAAAAAUAUAAAACAGGGAAUCCUCAACCCCUCAUUUAUUUUUGUAGCUUCAGAGGGCUCUAAAGUCGCCCUCUUUUUGGUGUGAAGGUAUAAACAUUGAUUUACAGAUAUAAGAGAAUGAAACCAGAGUAAAGAUGUUUUUGGUCCAUUG